CAAAUAUCGUUCCCGCUCUCGGUGUCACACACGCGAGAUAAAAGCACCUCGUCAACGUCGUUUGUUCAUUUUUCUCUUCAAGACAAACUGAAAUCAUCCUGAAUUUUUCUUGCAAUACACUAAAGUAAAAGAGAAUCUGUGCUAAUUCAUUUCACGUGUAAACUCUGAAAACGUUCCUCAACGGGAUAAAUUCGUCGCUAAGAUCGUGUUGAACUUGAACGAGAAAUUUCGUUGUCGUCGGUGCUUCGACGGAUUUUUUUUUUCAACGCGCUUAAAAGUCCAUUAACUGAAAGAAUAAAAAAAAAGCAUAAUGGCAAAAGUGCAACUUGCUAACGUCGCUGUUCUUGAUAAUCCAUCUCCCUUUCUCAAUCCCUUUCAAUUCGAAGUCACCUUCGAGUGCAUCGAGGAACUCAAAGAAGAUCUUGAGUGGAAAAUGAUUUACGUUGGUAGUGCAGAAUCAGAGGAAUUUGACCAAGUUCUGGACACUAUUUAUGUUGGGCCCAUUCCUGAAGGAAGGCACAUGUUUGUCUUUCAAGCUGAUCCACCAGAUGUCAGUAGAAUUCCUGUAAAUGAUGCUCUCGGUGUGACCGUCGUUUUGCUAACUUGUUCGUAUCGAGGCCACGAAUUUGUACGAGUUGGUUACUUCAUAAACAACGAAUACACAGAUGCUGAACUUCGUGAAAAUCCACCAGCGCAGCCACAAUUUGACAAAGUACAAAGGAACAUUUUAGGUGAUAAACCCAGAGUAACGAGAUUUAAGAUAAAUUGGGACGACAGUGGUGCAAGUACGUCGAGCAAUGGUAAUCAGGAAGAAAUGGAAGCACAGGGCAUUGAUGAUGUCAGAGAUCAUGAAAAACCAACUUCGAGUCUAGGUUUUACAGAAAACACACAAAACAGUAUGGAAGUGAUGUGAUCAAGAAUUUGAUGCCUUUGCUGCGCUCAACGAGACUUUAAGAUCCCUUUUCUUUUUCCCUCAUACACUCGAAAACUUUGUAAAAAACUUCCAUUUUUUACGGUAAAAAUGUACUUUUUUUCCUUUAUAUGAAAUAUUACCAAAUUUUGUUACAAAUGAUUUUGCAUGAUGCACUGAAUUGGAUAACCAAUAUCAACCUAAAGAUUCAUACGAGUUGAAUAACGAUAAAAACCAUGUAAAACGUGCGUGUUUCACGCUAAUGCUUGUGAGAAUAUUUGUUCUAAUUUCAUUAGUAAUUUCUAAAUUUAUUCUGUUGUAGUCUUGACAGAAAAGCGAGGCUUUUUGUUGAACUUUGUCGAUGACUUUUCGGCGAUAUAAUAGUAACUUUAAUUCAAGUGUCCAUCUUCUUGGCAAUUACAACUAAUUUAUUUAGUAUCUGUUAUGUCUAUUGAUUAUGAUUAUUAUUUAAAUAUUAUGGUGGCUAAAUUCCAUAAGCGGUCUUUGGAGUGGGAAAUUUGUUGAACAAAAAAAAAUGUUUCCUAAGCAUUAAAACUGCUCGACAAAAUGAAAUUAUGACUGCACCUGCAUCGUCAAUAUGAGCAAAAAAUCUAGAAGACUCGCUGAUUGAAUCGAGCCAAGAGUAGAUUCUAAGGCACCGUUCAAAUUUAGCCGAAAAAAAAGAGGAACAAUGUACAUAUAAUAUCGAUAAUUAAAGAAUUACACAAUAUGUUUUCUACCUAA